AUGGAAGAAAUACUACAACAAAUGACUUUGAGUUGGCCGCAAUAUGGUGUACCACCUUUAGCGCCCCUUAAAAAAGAAAACCUCACAAUUGUCUACAAAAAUGUCUUCUUUACAAAACCUAAGCUUAGCGACUUGCUUGAUCUGCGCAAUAUCUUGGGUUUACGUUCAGACUUCAAGGCACAGGGUGACUUCAAUAUUGGCUUCGAAAAUUUGCGCUUAAAUGGCUUGUUCCGUUAUGAUUUGGCUAUAAUCUUUGGCUCAUUGCGCAUUCAUGACCUACAAAUGACUUUGAGCUUAGAGAGCGUAAGUUUCCAAUUGCAAGGUGUCAUAAAUUCUAAGCCCAUAACAAAUCGGCUUAAUAAUCUGCUCGAACAGCAGGUGUUAAUACAAUUUAAUAAGUAUAAAAGUAUUAUAAGCUGGCUGACAGCGCACACAUUAGAGACACAGGUUUAUCGUCUGUUGUUCGGCAAGAAGAUUUGGUAUUUAAUUCGUUUGGCAAUUAUGAAAUCGCCCGAUAAGGAUGCAGCUGUUUCACUUGAGCAAUAA